AUGAAUUGCUUUCCGUGUUUUACAAAGAGUAAGAGAAGCAAUAGCAAGAGGGAGCAUGAGCCCAUGCCACAGGAAAACGUUAUAACAAGAACACCAGAUAUAAAGAAACCAACUAUUCAAGUUGAUACAUCAAAUAUUCAAGCACAAAAUUUCACUUUCCGGGAGUUAGCAAUUGCAACAAAGAAUUUCAGGCAAGAGUGCUUGAUGGGUGAAGGUGGCUUUGGCAGAGUUUACAAAGGAACAUUUCCUGCAACCGGACAGGUGGUAGCUGUGAAGCAACUCGACCGAAAUGGGAUACAAGGCAGCAAGGAAUUUCUGGUUGAGGUUUUGAUGUUAAGUCUCUUGAACCAUGACAAUCUGAUCAAACUCACUGGUUAUUGUGCUGAUGGUGAGCAACGUCUUUUGGUGUAUGAAUUCAUGCCUGGGGGAUCUCUAGAAAGGCGUCUUCUCGAGCGCAGACCAGAUGAAGCUCCAUUAGAUUGGUACAGCAGAAUGAAAAUAGCUUCUGCUGCUGCGAAAGGACUAUGGUACUUGCACGACAAGGCCAAUCCCCCAGUUAUAUACCGGGACUUGAAGUCAUCGAAUAUCUUGUUGGAUAAUGAUCAUAAUGCAAAACUAUCUGAUUAUGGACUGGCCAAACUUGCUGGUAAAGAUAAGAUGAACAUUGUACCUACAAGAGUUAUGGGUACCUAUGGUUACAGUGCUCCAGAGUAUGUAAGAACAGGUAACCUCACCUUGAAAUCGGAUGUGUACAGUUUUGGAGUUGUCUUGCUAGAGCUCAUAACUGGACGACGAGCCAUUGACACCACCAAACCAAACGAUGAGCAAAACCUAGUCUCAUGGGCACAACCCAUAUUCAGGGAACCAAGAAGAUAUCCUGAUAUGGCAGAUCCACUUCUGAAUAAAAAUUUCCCAGAAAAGGAUCUGAAUCAAGUUGUUGCAAUAGCAGCCAUGUGUUUACAGGAGGAAUCAGCAGCACGUCCUUUGAUGAGUGAUGUUGUAACUGCUCUCAGUUUUCUUUCCACGGCUCCUCCAGCGGUUGUUCCUGCCCCUCUCCCUCCUGCCACCUCUGCCUCCUCCCAGAAGAGUGCUGCUGGUGAAGGUGAAAGCCAAAGUGACAGUGAGAGUGAAACAGAAACUAACAGCCAUAGUUCCAAUGAAGAGGAGGAUAAUAAACAGGUUGUAGCAAGUGCAAAAUACCACGAAAUUGAGGAUGUCUCAGAAACUGAAUAUGAUUAUUAUGAGAAUGAAAACCAACAAAAAUAUAGUCCACAAGAUAACAAGGAGUUUUCCUCCAAGUCAAGCCACAAAAGCAGCACCAGAUCAAGGAAUGGAACCGUUUCUUCUGGCCGCUCUAGUUCAGUUUCAGAAAAUGGAAAUGGAAAUGGAAAUGGAAAUGUCUCUACCAGCCGCAAAAGCAGCAGUAGGAAGAAAAAUGGUGUAAAUAGUAAUUUAAGCCAGAAGAGCAGCAAAAAAUCAAAGAGCAGUAAGAAAUCUUCAGAGAAAAGUUUAAGCCAAAAGAGCAGUAAAAAAUCUUCAGUCAAAGUUUCAAGCCACACGACAAGCAAUGGCAUGAGACCAGAGGAUGAAAGCCAUUCAUCCCUUUCACAUAGAGAUGUUUCCAUAAGCCGUAAUAGCAGCAGUGGGGAGUCACGGGGUGAGGGUGUUGUUUAUGAGCGUAGCGGACAAGGAAAUGUAUCUUUUGGCCUAAUCAGCAGUGAGAGUGUUCAGUCAGGCCAUGAUGACUCCGACAAAGAAGGGAGCAACAUACAUUUAUUACAUCAUAACGGAGAUGCUCAUCAUUUCGAUCGUGCCAGCAUGGGAUCAGAUGAGGGAAGUUUCAACCUUUUUGAGCAUUCCACUAGCAGGGGAUCAGAUGAAAGAAGUGUUCAUUCGUAA